AAGCAGUGAGGGAGGUCACACGUGUAUUAGGCUAUUUUCCAGGGUGUAAAGCUGACACUAGCCUACGAGCGACACAGCAACAGCCAACAGGUCACUUUCAAAUCGCUAAAGGAUCGGAACAACCUAGACCUGUGCAGCUCAUCGGGGACUCUCUGAGGUGCUGUAGAGCUUCCUCCUCCUCCUCCUCCUUCUCCUUCUCCUCCUCCUCCUCGGCACGGACGCGCCCUCCCCCUUAGCGGAGCGGAUGAGCGCGCCGUGGAUGCGCUCGCGCUGGAGUACAGAGCUGCACCGAGGACAGACAGGAGGGAAGCACUUUGACCAGCGCUGAGCAGCGGGACAGUGUGGGCUGCAUUUUGUUUCUGGAAGAACAACUUGGGGAUUUCGGUGCGAGCCUGAAAGUUAUCGUGCGCGCUGAGGACGACUUGUCGGGUCAGCAUGGCUUCUCUGAUAAACUCUGCGUGCCUCCUCUUCUUGCCUGUUGCUCUGCUACUGAUGCUGAGCCCAUGCCCUGUUGCUGCAUUGUCAGCCAGACGGUGCGACUUCAUCUAUAAGGGUUUCGCUCAGUGUCUGAUGGCUCUAGGCGACAGUCUCACGGACAGCACUCACAAGGACGAAGACAUGCACGAGAUACACUCCAUCUGCAGGUCGUGGGAUGAGUUCCACGACUGCGCCAACGUGGCGAUGGCCGGCUGUCCGGAUGAAGCUGCAGUUGUCUGGGAGUCUCUCCGCAAGGAAUCCAAGAAGAUGCAGUUCUCUGGAAACCUGUACGACAUGUGCUCCAACCGCCACAACUACCCAUUGGGCUCAGUGUCCCCGCACGGCUCGUCCAACCAGGAAGAGCUCAACCAAGAGUCUCUAAGAGGGUGUGUUGAUCAUCUGGCGGGCCCCCUCCACAUUCUCAUGCUACUGUCUCCUCUGCUGCUGCUGUUGGUUUGGAUAUAGCUACCCCCAAAGAAAUGGGACUAGUGUGAAUAGAUAUAAACUUUGUGUAUUUUUUCUUCCACAAGUCCAUAGACUUUCCACUGUUUUUUUUUCCUCUGCUCUGCUAGAGGGUGAAUAUUUCUAACUGCAUGUUCAGAGGCCCGACAGUCUUUUUGAUAAUGUAUCUUUAAACUGCCUGUGCCGUUUCAUGCAUAUUCUCUGCCUUUUAAUUAGUCUCUCUGUUGGAAACACAGAAAAUUCAUACAGAGAUGCACAACCACUGUACAAACAGACCUGCAAACACAUGCAUAGUUAAACAGACAAAUACAGCAGCUGUCGUGUCAUCCGUCUUUAUCUCCUAUCCCCCUAAAUCUAGUUUAUCUGGUUAGUGUGAGCCUGUAUGUGAUGGUUCCAUUGGGAGUUUAUCUCUCUGAGUGCAGUAAGAGAGACAAACUUAAAAACUAACUGAUAAAGAGGCCAGAUGCCACAAGAUGCCGUCAUGUAUUAGCUUUGCAAUAUAAAGCAUUUGAGACUCAUGGAAAUCUAACAUACUUGGUUAUCGACCCACCUCCCAGUUUGACUCCAGUGCUGCGAAGACGCUACUCAGUACGCUACUGUUUUAUUUCUCUUUCUCUUUUGUCCUCUAAAUGUUUAUGUGACCAACAACAAGCUAAAAAUAUGAAUGCUAAUGAGAGAAAACGAAAUCAAAAACAUUGUAUUGUACACUAAAGAUAGGUCAAUUUAGUUCAUUUUGUGGAUUCCUUUAAAGAUGUUUGAGGAAAAUGUGCUCAAAAUGUGACAGUUCGAGUUCUUAUUCCAUUUUCUAGCACUUAUUGUUUGGUUAUCUUUCUAUCUGUCAAUCAUAGGGUUCGUGUAGUCAAUGUAAACCCUGGAAAAGUCAUGUAAUUUGCAAAUAGCAAUUAAGUCCUAACGUGCAUUUCUUCUUGUCCAAGUUGUAGAUGAAAUCAUUCUUGAAUUUCCCAUCUUACUCAGAACGACAUCACAUUUCAGAAGGUGAAGAUGCCCUUAUUUUCAUUCUGUUGUGUCCUUCAUGAUUUUGAUUGAAUAAUAGCUCUUCGAGACCUCUCUUGUUUGCUAGCAAAGCACAAAUGUGGUCUGGUUUUAUGAGACUUAAGGUUUUUGUGGGUUUUCAGAUCUCCCUUCAAGGAUUCAUAUAAAGUAAAUUUAGUCCUUUUCCAAAAUUCUGGCUGAGUAGAGAAUACAAAUAUGUUUAUUAUUCGGGGAAUCACUAGACAAAAAACCCAAGGCCCAAGAACAAGAAAUGGGGAAGGACUCCCGCCAGUGUUGACAACUCUCCUCCAAAUAAAGGAACUACUGGGUGCUCCAAAA